UGACAGCUGUGCUGUAGAAGGUAACGGGAGGGGAUCACUGCCUCAUCAUCAUCUGCCAGACACAGAACAAAAGGCGUCUUAACCCACAGUCUGCAGCCAGCAUGGAGCUGGAAGGGGACUACUCCAUCACAGUACCGCUGAUAUUCACCGGAAUAGCCGUCAUCCUAACCACACUGCUGCUGCUCAAACUCCGCAAGGCACCGCGCGCCCAGGAGAGCGAGGAGCGGGAGAGAGAGGAGCGCUCCCUAGAGGAAGAGGAGGAAACAGAGCAAGUCGGGGAGAGUGAGGAGCAAGUGGCUGGGGUCUCGGUAGAGGAGGUUGGGACAGUGGAGGAAUUACCCCAGGAGGAGGUAAAGGAAGUGCCCCAGAAGGAGGUAAAGGAAGUGCCCCAGAAGGAGGUAAAGGAAGUGCCCCAGAAGGAGGUAAAAGAAGUGCCCCAGAAGGAGGUAAAAGAAGUGCCCCAGAAGGAGGUAAAAGAAGUGCCCCAGAAGGAGGUAAAAGAAGUGCCCCAGAAGGAGGUAAAAGAAGUGCCCCAGAAGGAGGUAAAAGAAGUGCCCCAGAAGGAGGUAAAAGAAGUGCCCCAGAAGGAGGUAAAAGAAGUAAAGGAAGAGGCAGUUGCAGCAGCAGAGAGUUCUGCCAAGGAGAGGAGAGAAUCCAAUCACUCCAGCCAGGAAGAGGAGGAUAACAAGGAGGAAGACUGUGAGGCAGAAAGUGAUAAAGUACUGAAGAUAAGUGAGGCAGACGAUGCAGACAAUGAAAGUUUCUCCUUUCAAUACCUGCCUGGAAAGCUGCGAGGUAGCGAGUUUGAGAAGAUGCUGACUAAGGAAGAGCUGGAAGAGGAACAGCGGGUGAAGCGAGAACAACUGGGAGCCAUCUUCAAAUUGAUGGAGAACAAAGAGGACACAUUUGGAGAGAUGUCUGACGUGGAAGUUCUGGAGCAACUCAAACUGUACAACAUGUAACAGUCUCAAAUGAGGGUGAAGAUUCUGAGGCACCUUUUUAGGGGACAUCAAAUGACUUUUGGGACAUAUGAAGCUGAUUACCAGUAGAGCGUUGUCUCAGCCAUAGGAGGUUAUGUUGUGUAUUUAAACAGAGGAACCAAUAGAUUAAUUUAUCAUUUUCAGGUCCCAAAGGAAUAUUUGAAACAUAGCUUAACCUUCAUGAUAUGCAAAUAAAUAUCUCUUCUGCUAAUAGAGAACCUGGGAACUCAUUGCUCAAACACGUCUGUCAGAGAAAGGUUUAAUGAACCUCACCGAAUAUCCAGUUUUAUAUAGCUGGGCCACAAAUUUAUUUAUAUAGCUGGGCCACAAAUUUAUUUAUAUAGCUGGGCCACAAAUCUUAUUAAUAAUAAGUUACAUUGUUUUAUCUUUAGCAUUGAGUGGAUUAGUACUUUUUUUUUGUUAUUACCCAAUGAUCUAUAAUGAUAAUUUUCCACCAAAGUGAUAAAAUGUACAUAAUCAUUUGCUGAUACCCUGUAGUAAUAAUGCUUUAUUGUAUAUAAAUCUAUUUUUGAUGUGUAAUCUCUAGAGCAUUUUUCUAAUUCCUUUAUAUAGAAUGUUACUCACUUAGCACAGAUUUAUUGGCUGUAGAAAGCAAUUUGUUUGCAAGAUGACUGUGGAUUACAUAUUUAAAUGUAACAACGCCCCACCAGCAACCUGGACCCCAACCAGCAAGGUACUGGGGUCAGUAGAGACGUAUGAAGUAUAUGAACGUGCUUGUUAUUCUGUAGACAUGGCGCUGGCAAUCUCACAAAUAGCAGAGAUAUUUCUAUUUUAACGUAUCAUUUCUAAUAAAAUAUUUUGCAAGCUGUA